GCUGAUGGAGACGGAGGCUACGGAGGCGGCGGCGGCGGCGGCGGCGGCGGCAGUGGGAGGCGGCGGCGGGCCUGGGCAGGAGCUAUUGGUGGCCUGGAAUACCGUGAGCACCGGGCUGGUGCCGCCGGCUGCGCUGGGCCUGGCGUCCUCCCGGACCAGCGGUGCGGUCCCGCCAAAGGAGGAGGAGCUCCGUGCGGCGGUGGAGGUACUGAGGGGCCAUGGUCUGCACUCAGUCCUGGAGGAGUGGUUCGUGGAGGUGCUCCAGAACGACCUGCAGGCGAACAUCUCUCCCGAGUUCUGGAAUGCCAUCUCCCAGCGCGAGAACUCUGCCGAUGAACCCCAGUGCCUUCUGCUGCUCCUUGACGCUUUUGGCCUGCUGGAGAGCCGCCUGGACCCCUACUUGCGCAGCCUAGACCUCCUGGAGAAAUGGACUCGUCUGGGCUUGCUGAUGGGCACUGGUGCCCAAGGGCUGCGGGAAAAGGUCCACAUCAUGUUGCGGGGGGUUCUGUUCUUUUCCACCCCUAGGACUUUCCAGGAGAUGGUCCAGCGCCUCUAUGGGCGUUUCCUGAGAGUCUAUAUGCAGAGUAAGAGAAAAGGGGAAGGGGGCACAGAUCCAGAACUGGAGGGGGAAUUGGACAGUCGGUAUGCACGACGUCGGUACUAUCGGCUCCUGCAGAGUCCUCUGUGUGCAGGAUGUGGCAGUGACAAGCAGCAGUGUUGGUGCCGCCAGGCGCUCGAGCAGUUCCACCAGCUCAGCCAGGUCCUGCACAGGCUCAGUCUGCUGGAGCGGGUCAGUGCCGAGGCGGUGACCACUACACUACACCAGGUGACCCGGGAGAGGAUGGAGGACCGCUGUCGGGGCGAGUAUGAGCGCUCCUUCCUCCGAGAGUUCCACAAGUGGAUCGAGAGGGUGGUUGGCUGGCUGGGCAAAGUGUUCCUGCAGGAUGGCCCCAGCAGACCUGCAUCCCCUGAGGCUGGCAGCACGCUGCGCCGCUGGCGCUGCCAUGUGCAGAGGUUCUUCUACCGCAUCUAUGCCAGCCUGCGCAUUGAGGAGCUUUUCAGCAUCAUCCGAGAUUUUCCAGACUCCCGGCCAGCCAUCGAGGACCUCAAAUAUUGCCUGGAGCGGACUGACCAGAGGCAGCAGCUGCUCGUGUCCCUCAGGGCUGCUCUGGAAACUCGGCUCCUCCACCCAGGCGUCAACACAUGCGACAUCAUCACUCUCUACAUCUCUGCCAUCAAGGCGCUGCGCGUCCUGGAUCCUUCCAUGGUCAUCCUGGAAGUGGCUUGUGAGCCUAUCCGCCGCUACCUGAGGACACGGGAGGACACAGUGCGACAGAUUGUGGCAGGGCUGACUGGGGACUCUGAUGGAACUGGAGACUUGGCUGUUGAGCUGUCCAAGACCGACCCAGCCAGCCUGGAGACUGGCCAGGACAGUGAGGAUGACUCUGGAGAGCCUGAAGACUGGGUGCCUGACCCUGUGGAUGCUGACCCAGGGAAGUCAAGCUCCAAGCGGCGCUCCUCAGAUAUCAUCAGCCUGCUGGUCAGCAUCUAUGGCAGCAAGGACCUUUUCAUCAACGAGUACCGCUCCCUGCUGGCCGACCGGCUCCUGCACCAGUUCAGCUUUAGCCCUGAGCGGGAGAUCCGUAACGUGGAGCUGCUGAAACUGCGUUUUGGUGAGGCCCCAAUGCACUUCUGUGAGGUCAUGCUGAAGGACAUGGCAGAUUCCCGCCGUAUCAACGCCAACAUCCGAGAGGAGGAUGAGAAGCGGCCUGUGGAGGAACAGCCACCUUUUGGGGUUUAUGCUGUUAUCUUGUCCAGUGAGUUCUGGCCUCCCUUUAAGGAUGAGAAGCUGGAGGUCCCCGAGGACAUCAGGGCAGCCCUGGAGGUUUACUGCAAGAAGUAUGAGAAGCUGAAGGCCAUGCGAACCCUUAGCUGGAAACACACCCUGGGCCUGGUGACCAUGGAUGUAGAGUUGGCUGACCGCACCCUAUCUGUGGCAGUAACCCCCGUGCAGGCAGUAGUCUUGCUGUACUUCCAGGAUCAAGCCAUCUGGACCUUGGAGGAGCUGAGCAAGGUGGUGAAGAUGCCUGUGGCACUGCUGCGGCGGCGCAUGUCCGUGUGGCUGCAGCAGGGUGUGCUGCGCGAGGAGCCGCCUGGCACCUUCUCUGUCAUCGAGGAGGAGCGACCUCAGGACCGUGACAGCAUGGUGCUCAUAGACAGUGACGAGGAGAGUGACUCAGGCAUGGCCUCCCAGGCUGACCAGAAAGAGGAGGAACUGCUGCUCUUCUGGACUUACAUCCAGGCCAUGCUGACCAACCUGGAGAGCCUGUCGCUGGAGCGCAUCUACAGCAUGCUGCGGAUGUUUGUGAUGACCGGCCCCGCACUGGCGGAGAUUGACCUGCAGGAGCUCCAGGGCUACCUGCAGAAGAAAGUGCGUGACCAGCAGCUCAUCUACUCGGCCGGCGUCUACCGCCUGCCCAAGAGCUGCAGCUGAUGCUGCCUGCCAGGCCCAGGCUUGGGACACCCCCCCACCUGAGUAUGACCCCAGGAUGAAUAGGGCUUCUGCUCCUGCCCAGCGCCUUCCAGCCCCACCCCCUCCAAAUGCAGAUUAAAGUAGGUCAGUUCUUAUC